AUGGCCUCUUUGAAGAAGGUCCGGAAGCUGACUGAUGUGCACGUGGGUCAAAGUGCGGCGAUGCACCUGCCAUCCAACGCUCCAUGUCUGACCACCCAUGAAGUGGUAGCCUAUGCCAUUCUAGAACACGAUCUGCUUUCGAUUUGGGAGACGAUUUGUGCUGUGAAAAAGGGUGUGGUGUGGUAG